UUGGUGACGCACCUUCAUGAGCUGCUGUUGGAACUUGACAGCUGAACAACAAAUGUUCCUAAAAUGAGCUCUUUAACAACAAAACAAGUGUUUAUAAACUUUUCAAACCUGAUUGUAUUUUUAUAUCAGCAUGAAGUGAAACUGUCCUCGACCCUGUUUCACAUGUGGAGCGAGUUUUCGACGGAAUAAAGGCUGUUUUUUUUCUUACCGAGAUCAUUAUGUCGUUCCUGGUGGAUUCAGUUAUCAUGUUCACCUCACAGGUGCUGUUCUUUGGAUUUGGUUGGUUAUUCUUUAUGCGGCAGCUUUUCAAAGACUAUGAGGUGCGACAGUACGUCGUCCAGGUGGUUUUCUCUGUCACCUUUGCUUUUUCAUGUACCAUGUUUGAGCUCAUCAUCUUUGAGAUUCUGGGUGCCUUAAGUAGCAGUUCCCGGUAUUUCCACUGGAAACUAAAUCUCUACGUGAUACUGCUGGUCCUAAUCUUUGUGGUGCCUUUCUACAUUGGUUACUUUGUUGUCAGCAACAUACGCCUGCUGCAGAGACAGAGGCUUCUUUUUGCCUGUAUGGUGUGGUUUACCUUCAUGUAUUUCUUCUGGAAGUUGGGAGAUCCAUUUCCCAUCCUCAGUCCAAAACAUGGCAUUCUGUCUAUUGAGCAGCUCAUCAGUCGUGUUGGUGUGAUUGGAGUCACUCUCAUGGCUCUGCUGUCUGGGUUUGGUGCUGUCAACUGUCCCUACACGUACAUGUCCUAUUUCCUCAGAAAUGUAACAGACAGUGACAUCCUUGCUCUGGAGAGACGGCUGCUCCAAACUAUGGACAUGAUUGUCAGCAAGAAGAAACGAAUUGCCAUGACACGGAGGCAAAUGUACCAGCGUGGGGAAGACCAGAACAAACAGACGGGAUUUUGGGGCAUGAUCAAGAGCGUUACCUCUACCCAAACAGGCAGUGAAAACCUCUCUCUGAUCCAGCAGGAAGUCGAUGCUCUGGAGGAGCUGAGUCGACAACUCUUUCUGGAGACUGUGGACCUACAAGCCACCAAGGAGCGAAUUGAAUACUCAAAGACAUUCCAGGGGAAAUACUUCAACUUCCUUGGCUACUUCUUUUCCAUCUAUUGUGUUUGGAAAAUCUUCAUGGCGACUAUAAACAUUGUGUUUGACCGAGUUGGGAAGACGGAUCCAGUGACGAGGGGUAUUGAAAUUACAGUGAACUACCUGGGUAUCCAGUUUGAUGUAAAGUUUUGGUCUCAACACAUCUCUUUCAUCUUGGUGGGAAUAAUAAUUGUUACUUCCAUACGUGGCUUACUCAUCACCCUCACCAAGUUUUUCUGUGCAAUAUCGAGCAGCAAGUCUUCCAAUGUCAUCGUGCUCGUCCUCGCUCAGAUCAUGGGGAUGUAUUUUGUAUCAUCUGUACUGCUUAUGCGCAUGAGUAUGCCACUGGAGUAUCGCUCCAUUGUGACCGAGGUUCUGGGAGAGCUACAGUUCAACUUCUACCACCGCUGGUUCGACGUCAUCUUCCUGGUCAGCGCCCUGUCCAGCAUCCUCUUUCUUUAUCUCGCCCACAAGCAGGCACCAGAGAAACACAUGGCCCUCUGAUCCCCUGCAGAAUAUCUCCUUUUUCUUUAAUGUGACUCCUGAGGGUGCAGGGUGACUUUUAAUCUGGAAUUUAGGGAUAUCCAGAAAUCUUUUUUUUUUUUUUACAUGGUGGACAUAAUUAUCUGGGCUGCCUGUUCCUGAAUCAGGAAUGGACGAUUGUUUGUUGCAAGUGAUGGGGAACUAAUGGAGCACAUCAAGGAACAGCUUUGAAAGUGUGCUCUCUUUGAAUUAAAAAGUAUUUUUAAGAGCAACAACUCUAUUAAGAAUUUAAUUUUGCAAAUGCAAAUGUAAACACUUUGUUCUCUGUGCUCUUAAAGUUUCAUUCUAUUGGCCAAAAUGUUCUUUUUCAUUUAGUCUGUCUUAAGACACUGGAGCUGUUCUCUUCACAGCACAUCACUGCUUCACUCACUGAGGUGUAAAUGGAUUAUAUGAAAAAAAUAUCACAAUGUCACUUAUGAUUUCCACCCUGAAGCAGCUGUUAUUUCAUUGGGAACAAAAACAGAUACACAUAAAAUAAGCUUAAUUCA